AAAGUGGGCCGCGGCAGCGCGUCAGUUCUUGCAGCCCUCGACGUACGGCACACGCUACAAAAGGACGCGGUACUGAACACCAGCGGUACCUCUGAUAUCUCGAGUCGCUCUGUCCUUGCGCGCUCCAGCCAGCAAUCAUGCCGCCCGGCUAUUUCGACCAACUCAGCUCCAACAUCCAGGGGGCAAUCGAGAGCGAGCUUGGUGACCAAGACUCCAAGAGUAUCGCCAGCGUGAACAGCCAUGACGAUGCGCUAGAGGUGGUUUUCGAGGGCGGAUACAACGGCCAUCGCCGCAAAGCCUCGCUCGCACCGCAUCCCUCGGGCAAGAUGACGUCGCGCCCCGAAAACAACCGCCGCACGACCGCCUGCAUUGUCCACUCGCUACUCGAAAAGCACGACGGCUUGCCCGUUCAAGACCACUCGCAGUCCUAUGAAGGCCUCGCCCAAGAGCGCCGCGUGGACAAGGACCCGCACGCGUCGCGCGCUCAACAUGCCCAGCAGGCCCAGCACUCACGGCUGUUGACCAAGAAGGAGCUUUCAGACAUGGCUUUUGGCAUCCGAGAGCUGUCCAAGAAGCUCUCGCAAAUCCGCCUGAAGCUGCACGUCAAGAAUAUCUUCAUACUAGGCAAAGCCCACGACGAAACCCUUAUCAAGCAUUCUCGCGAGGUCACCGAGUGGUUGUUGACCAAGGAUUCGGGUUAUACAGUCUAUGUGGAGCAAACGCUCAAGGACAACAACAUUUUCGACACUGCUGGACUUUUGGAAAAAGACGGAGUCAAGAAUCGUCUCAAAUUCUGGACCAACGAGAUGUGCGCCGAGAGGCCACAGACCUUUGAUAUAGUCUUGGCGCUAGGCGGUGACGGGACGGUUUUGUACGCAUCCUGGCUCUUCCAGCGCAUCGUGCCUCCAACCAUUGCCUUUUCACUAGGAUCUCUCGGCUUUCUCACCAAAUUCGAUUUUGAAUUGUACCCGCAAUCACUCUCUCUGGCUUUCGCAGAUGGUAUCACAGUCAGCCUACGUCUCCGUUUUGAAGCCACUGUGAUGCGGUCGCAACAGCGCGAUGGCAAGGGACGCGAUUUGGUCGAGGAGCUAAUUGGCGAAGAGUCGGAGGACCACCAUACGCAUUACUCGGAUGGGACGCACAACAUCUUGAACGAGGUGGUCGUUGACCGAGGGCCCAACCCAACCAUGUCGUCUAUCGAGUUGUUUGGCGAUGACGAGCACUUUACUACGGUUCAGGCCGACGGCAUUUGUGUAUCCACACCCACCGGCUCCACCGCAUAUAACCUCGCAGCUGGCGGCUCACUCUGUCAUCCUGACAACCCGGUUGUACUCGUGACGGCGAUAUGCGCACACACGCUCUCUUUUCGACCUAUUAUCCUGCCCGACACCAUUGUGCUACGCUGUGGUGUACCCUAUGACGCAAGGACGAGCUCCUGGGCCAGUUUUGACGGAAGAGAAAGAGUAGAGCUCAAGCCUGGUGAUUACGUUACUAUCAGUGCUAGCCGUUUUCCGUUUCCAAGUGUGUUGCCAUUGAACAAGAGGAGGACAGAUUGGAUUGACAGCAUAUCGAGGACUUUGCAGUGGAAUAGCAGGCAAAAGCAAAAGGCGUUUAAAGAGUGGAGCUCAUAGAGCGAUAGAUUAUGUGUUAAGAAAACUCUCAUGG